CGAAGCCCGACUUCCGGGUCGCUCCCUGCCUCCUCCCGGUGGCUGCGAGCUGUUAGUUGCCAGGCUAUUAGCUGCAGGGCUAGCGCCGUGCGGGCUCUCCCGCCCGUGACACCUUGCAGCAUGGCUUCGGAUUCGGACGGCCGCGGGGCCGCGUGCACGCUGGAGUUCGCGGUGCAGAUGACUUGUCAGAGCUGCGUGGACGCGGUGCGCGCCUCCCUGCAGGGGGUGGCAGGCAUCCUGAGUGUGGAGGUGCAUCUGGAGAAGCAGAUGGUCCUGGUGCAGACCACCCUGCCCAGCCAGGAGGUGCAGGCCUUGCUGGAGGACAGCGGGCGGCAGGCGGUCCUCAAGGGUAUGGGCAGCAGCCUGUUGGAGAAUCUAGGGGCGGCAGUGGCCAUUCUGGGAGGGCCUGGCCCGGUGCAGGGAGUGGUGCGAUUCCUGCAGCUGAGCCCUGAGCGCUGCCUCAUUGAGGGGACGAUCGAUGGCCUGGAGCCUGGGCUCCAUGGACUCCACGUCCAUCAGUUCGGGGACCUCACUGAGGACUGCAGCAGCUGUGGGGACCACUUUAACCCUGAUGGGACAUCUCAUGGGGGCCCCCAGGAUCCUGAGCGGCACCGGGGGGACCUGGGCAACAUCAAAGCUGAUGGCGACGGCCGGGCCAGCUUCAGGAUGGAGGACUGGCAGCUGAAGGUGUGGGAUGUGAUUGGCCGAAGUGUGGUGGUCGACGAGAGAGAAGAUGACCUGGGGCGGGGCGGCCACCCCUUAUCCAAGAUCUCGGGGAACUCGGGGGAGAGGUUGGCCUGUGGCAUCAUCGCACGCUCGGCUGGGCUCUUCCAGAACCCCAAGCAGAUCUGCGCCUGCGAUGGCCUCACCCUCUGGGAGGAACGAGGCCGGCCCAUCGCUGGCCCGGGCCGCAAGGAACCGGCCCAGACCCCCGCCCAGGCCCACCUCUGAGCUUGGCCUCGGCUAGACCAGGAGCCAGCCCCACCUACCCGCCCCUGAGAGAACUAAGCUCUGCUGGGUGCUCCCUCGGCUGAUUAAAGCUUUAUUUUUAUAUGAAA